AUGCCGGCAUUGCCACACUACUUUCAUGCAUGCAAACAUGUAUGCUUCAACCAGAGAUGCAUCACCAUACAAUCCUCCGGCGGCAACUGGAAAGAAAGGCCUCUGGCAGACCAAUUUGCACCGCUAGAGUCCGGCUUUAGGCGGCGGCUUCUUGUUGGUUUAGGGUCAGCUUCGUUGGUUGUCCUUGGUGCCAAUUUUGUAGGAACCACGAGUUUUCUUCUGGGGUUGUCGCCAGAAAGUAGUAGGAGUCUUAAGCUGGAUGUGCUUUAUCCAAUAGGAGGGUACAGCAGGUGCAUUGACACAAAUGAAGGAUUUGAAUUUAUAUACCCAGCAAGUUGGGUUGGAGAUCAAACACUACUAUAUCGAGCAGCUGAGAAAAAGGAAUUUGAAAGAUCACUUGACCCUCCUCCUUUGAACAUUAAUACCAAGUCCAGGGCUGAUACUGGACGCCGUGGAAAUGUUAGUGAACCUGUCGUGGCAUUCGGCCCGCCGGCCAGUACGGGCGAACUCAACGUUAGUGUCAUUGUGUCCCCAGUUCCUCUUGAUUUCAAAAUUGAAGCAUUCGGAGGACCAAAAGAGGUAGGGGAAGCUGUGGUGAGGACUGUCGCGGGAUCUGGCAAGCGCCCUGAUGUGAGGGGAACUUUGAUAAGAACAAAUUUGAGAGAAGAUAGUUUUAAAAAUAUCAAGUACUAUGAGCUUGAAUUCAGAGUUGAGAGCCCCUUGUUUCAUCGGCAUAACAUCGCCGUCUGCUGUGCUCGUGGUGGUCGGUUAUUUACUCUUAAUGCUCAGGCACCGGAAUCAGCAUGGCCGGAGGUGAAGUCCGACUUCCAUAGAAUCGCAGAAUCAUUUAGUCUCACCUCUUGA